UUCCAGAAAUUGAAAAAGUUUCAAAAAACGUUCAGAGUAAUGUCGUUAGAUCGUAAAUUUCUCCUGUGGAUUACCUUAACAAGUAUCGUAGUGUGGACUGCUGUCCCGGACGGGGAAUCAAUCCGUAAGGCCAGUUUUGUGUACCGUAAAAUUUCUGGUUCAAUAGACUCAACCGAAUGUAGCGCAAACUAUACUUGUCGUCUUCAGAAGGAGUUCUGCGCUGCGUUUCACUUGGGUGAAGGCAUCUACGUAACGACAGCGCAUUGUUUGUUGACAGGCAACAGAACGAUUGCUAAAGUUGACCGAUUGGAUAUUGUUGGCGUCGGGCUCGCUAAUGUGACUUUAACACUGCACAAAAACUUCUCGCUUUCCGAUGGAGUGGAUAUCGCAUGGAUUGCCGUUCAUGAUCUCAACCUUACCACUGAUGUUUUAGAGAUUGCUAACACGAUUCCUGAGAAAUGCAUUCGCUAUCAGUUGGAGCUGUUCGACACCAGUUCCAAGGAUAUCCAAGCUGGUUUCCACUGGGUGCAACAACUGGAAACGAUUCACCCUAAUUCGUCAAAUUUGAAGCCGUUUCGGCAUGGGAUGUUGGCCUUCCAGUUUUCAGAAGAGUUGGAUCGGUCAGAGCUAGAACAUGUCAUAAUGUGUACCACCAAGGAGCAUCCAAAUGAUUUCAAGUUGCAAUUCAUAGCGUACGGACGGGCGGGAAGGUUUUCGUUCGAUACUGACUGCUAUCGGGCUGAAUGCGGAGCGUACCAACCAGAAAUCAAGCAAUUGUUGCAGCAGGUGAACGUUUCCUUACCGGAUGAAAAGCAGAAGAUGUCGAACAACUCUAAUGAAAGCUCUCAUGAUGAAAGAACUUUUGGGUUGAGGAUGGCAGAAAUUUCCGGUUUGGUAACAGUUGCUCUGGAUGAUAUUGAGAAGCCCCAUACUGACACAUUUUCAAAUGCGAUAGAAGACCUAAUCGAAAAAUCAAACUUCUUAGAAGCGCAGGGUGACUUCCCUGCGAUGAAUGUGUCGGUUCUGUCAGAUGCAUUUGAAGGUUCCUCCAUUAUCGAAAGUAUCGAGAAUGAUUCUCAUAGAGCUCAGCUACCGGGUCGCAGCACUUUCGAAGACAAUAUGAAAGAUACAAAAAGUCUUCCUGGAUAUUUCAAGAACAUCAAUGAAAGCCUUUCUAAUCCUUUGUAUGGAGAAGAUGGCAUGGAACCAGCUGUCCAAGCAAGCAACUUGAAUGCGCUGUACUCCGUUCCUUCCAAUCAAAUCCAUUCACCAUUGACGCAUAUAGCUGCUUCGGAAUAUUUUGCGGACAAUUUCGAGAAAAGCCCUACGAAGAAGAUACAGCAUCAGAAACUCGAUCAAAAUUGGGAGCGCUGUGAAAACCCGACGACCACUUCAACUUGUCCACUAUUUUUGUUGGAACCAUCGCCGCCAGUAACCACGGAAACAUCCACCUCAACAGGGGUAGUGUGUAGUACCACCCAUCAGGAGGUAGCUCCAACAACCAACCAUACGUUCAACAGUUCGGCCACUGCAGAGGAAGAGAUGGAACGACGCCGUCAGAAGGCUCUACGCAAGAUUUUAAUUCAUUUGGUACGCAGCAGAAGUGAGGCAGCUCCGAAUGUGAUGGCCGGUAGUACGGGGUUUGUGCUGGUUGCGAUGGGAUUUGUGAUACUGAUGAUGGUCAUUUAGUUCAAAUUAUGUUGGUGGAAUAAAAAUCUUUUUUUUUUAGUGAUCAGCUUGAAAUUAUGUCAGAUCGUUUUCCUUACUUUAUUCUUAAGACGUUGAGCUGUGAGCUGUGAAGUUUUAAAUUUCUUCAGAUUAUCUGGUAAACUUUAUGCAUUUGAAGGACUGAAAAUGAAUAAGUAAUCGUGGAUUACCUUUUCACAUUUUUUUUUAUUAAAAAAAUAUUUGCGCAGUACAACUCGAAGCAUCCAACUCGGAUCACUUCUUCCUAGGGAGCACAAGUGAGGCUGGGUGUGAGACCGGCUAAAAGAUCAUCAUUAUCUGGUCAUUUGUGGCCGUCGAAGUGCUGGCUGUUGAGCUUCAUCAUCCAUGUAGCAGCACCCAAGCAGUAGUGCCUGGUCAUUUUCGCGCGUUCCCCUCCACCAGCAUCACCAGCAUCACGAGCGCCUCGCGUGGUCCAUCGCUUCGUGUGUUUGUUUAUUGUUUGAUUUAGAUGGUUCAUUCGGGCGCGUUAUUUUCAGAGUUUUUUGUCGAGUGUGAAAUGGCAUCCAACACCAUCAUCGCCGCCGCGCACACACGUGAUGAUGAUUGAUGAGGUAAGUUCAUUGCAGGUAUAAGCCGCCCGCACUCACAUGGUCGUGGGUGGGAUGCGCCCCGUUUUUCUCUCUCUCUCUGUGACAUGUUC